AUGGUGACCAUCCAAUUGAAGAGAAAGAAGCAAACUUUCGUCUUGGUUGUUAAACCAACAUCAAAUGCCAUAAUUGUUCAAAAAGAGUUACAUCAAAUAAUACAGGCAAUUGGAGGACUUGGUGGUAAUGAAGACGAUGUGGAAUCUGGUGAGAAUGGUGAUGAGGAUAUUGAUAUACCCGUUCCAAGUUUCCAAACUUCUGAUUCUGAUGAUGACGCUGAUGAUGAUGAAAAUAAAAUGAACGAUAUCAAGAGUAAUGAUAAUAAAACUAUUCCAGAUUUAAACAAUAUAAUACUUGGUGAACCAAGGGAUAAGAAUGAUCCUUAUGGUUCAGGUUUUAAAGAAGUCAAAGAUGUUAAAAAAGGUCUAGAUCUUGUUGAUAAUAGUAUAUUAGCUUUCAAAUUAUCAGAUGAAGAUGAAUUUGAUGUAACAGAACCAAUAGAUUUGGAAGAAUAG